UCAUUUUUUCAUCAUCUUCGCGACCACGAACUCUUCUCUCGUUUGUCGGUUCCCUCGAGCUCUGUACUGCUCUCCAUUCGAGCUCGCAGCUCCUCCGCUCAUACUCCUCUCGUCGUGCUUUCAAGGGGAGGAGAUGUGGAAGGUCUACGUCGGCAACCUCUCCUCUCGCAUCCGGGAGAUGGAGCUUGCUGACGAGUUCCGCGCCUAUGGCGUUGUCAGAAGUGUAUGGGUGGCAAGGAAUCCACCAGGUUAUGCAUUCAUUGAGUUUGCUAAACGCCGGGAGGCAGAUGAUGCAAUUUCUUCAUUAGAUGGAAAACAUGGAUGGCGUGUAGAGAUGUCUCGAAAAUCAACAGGUGGUCAUAAUUGUGGAUCUUAUGGCAGCGAAAACAAGUGUCGUGAUUGUAGCUCAUCAAAGCAUCGUACUAGGGAUUGCCGUUCAAAAGAAUCUUACAAGAGGAGCCCUAGUCCUCGCCACAAUAUAGGAAACAAAAAACAUAGUCCUUUGAGAAGGCGCAGUCGGAGCAAAUCCCCUUUUUCUCAGAAUCAACAUGCUGAUGGUCCUUUGCAAAGGCGUAGCCAAGGCAGAUCCCCUCUUUCUGAGAAUCGAUAUGCUGACGGUUCACCAAGAAAAAUGCUUGCCCAAAGUGGAUCUCCACAGUCUGAUCAUAGCAAAUCACCUUUAUCUGUUCAAAAUAACAUUCAAGAAAAUAGGUAAAGCAUUUUAUAGCAAGUUUGGCCAACUUGUCCGUGGGCAUGUGCUAGAGACUAGAGAUCAUGAACGAGUUUUGACAAUGAAACUUUGUGAGGAAGAAGUUGUUUGUCAUAUUUACAGCAUAUCCUGCUUGCUCUUCUGAAUGAUUCUGAAAAGAAUUAUUAUGAAUAAUGAAGGGACUUAGCUUUCCAUUAACUUGGUGCAGUCUUACAAGAGAAGAACAUCACUGCAACCAAUCUCCUGGACAUAGUUUUCUAUGUGAUUACAAGUAAUCCCCAAUCUCGCAACUUCUAAUCUGACACUAACCCUGCAAACUGUACCAUCAAACAACUGGUAAGUACUUACGCUCAGUAUUGGUUAUUUUUGUCGGAUUCUCUUUAGUCAUUGGAGCUGAAAAUUUUAACUAUAAGACCUAGGCAGUUGGCCACUGAAUCAUAAAUACUCUGUUGUCUGCAGCUUUCCCCCUGAAUUUUAGUUUUCUUGAGAUUUUCAUUUUUGUAAGGCUCAAGUGAGUUUACUUCUACAUUCGUAGGGUAAAUUUUUUGGGAGGGUAUCGGAUUAUAGCUUUGUUUCAUUUUUAGUAUCUAAUUUCAAUUUGUAUCAUUUUGGAUGCCAACUUCAACUUUUAUUUCUCCGGGAUUGUACUGAGAGUAUUUUGGUGAGGAGUUGUUGACGAGUACAUCAAGUUGUUUGUGUGGCUGGCGUUUUUCCACGUCAGAUGCCAAUGUGGACUUGACACCUGACUGACUUAACCACAUGGCGGCUUACUUUGCCACGUGGGACGCCACCACGUUAGCAUCCCCUUCUUAACCCUCUCCUUCCUCCUCAGAGUCUGUUCUUCCCUUUGCUUUACCAUAACGACGGUCCAGCCAUCGCCUUUGAUCGAGAGUACCUUCCCCAUUUGUGAGCACUUCUUCACAAGACCGACACCUUCAUGCCUGGAGACCGGGUGCAGUGGCCGGCGAAAAUAGACAGAACUGGGGCUGUAGGUUUUCUCCCUCCUUAAUUCCUACCCUUCUCUUCAAUAGGGCCUGUUUGUCUUGCUGGAGAGUUGUUCAAACAAAGGGGGUGCAUCUAUAGCAUCUAGAUAGAGCCAUUGAACAUUUUCAACAUUUUGGUUCUUAUAUCCUAUAAAGACUUGGACAACUUACACCUUCUAUUUUAGCCUACCAUUCCUUUAAAUCUUUGAAUUUCUGAAAUGAUUUCAGAUUCAUCAUGUACAUCAAACA